AUAGCAACAACUUUUCCAUCAAGAAGCCUAUAUUAAUUUUACAUAAUAAGCCAAGAAAAAUCAGAAACAUGCAGAAUCAGAUGAAAUAUGAUCACACUAACACAUUACAAAUGCAAAGUAGUGAGAGUAUGAAUCUAAAGGAAAAGAAGGUAAAAGAUUUAAUGGUGAAUAAGAAAAGACUAGUUGAAGUACCAUAUACAGCUUCACUAGGACAAACAAUGAAUACACUUGUAGCAAACAAGGUAGUGGCUGUUCCGGUGGCUGCGCCGCCCGGUCAGUGGAUUGGAGCAGGAGGGUCUAUGAUUGUUGAGUCUGAUAAACAAACAGGGACAGUAAGGAAGCAUUAUAUAGGGAUGGUUACUAUGCUUGAUAUUGUGGCACAUAUAGCUGGUGAAGAUCAUUUAAGUGGUGGUGAUGAUGUUACAGAAGAUCUUGAUCAAAGGAUGUCUGUUCCUGUUUCUUCCAUCAUUGGUCAUUCCUUUGAAGGACUUAGCUUGUGGACUCUCAAUCCUAAUACCAGCCUGUUAGAUUGUAUGGAAGUGUUGAGCAAAGGCGUGCAUCGAGCUAUGGUACCAACUGACAGUCAAAUAGAGAAUGUAUCAGCUGGAGUUGAACUUGUUGAAUCAUCUUCAAGCUACCAAAUGCUAACUCAAAUGGAUGUGCUUAGGUUCUUGAAAGAACAUGACAGUGAACUACAUAGUACUCUGCAUUCACGUUCUGUUCAAGAUUUGGGAGCUAUCAAUGAGAGGAUUUAUGCCAUCACGGAUCGUACCAAACUCAUUGAUGCUAUCAAAUGCUUGAAGGCUGCUAUGUUAAAUGCUCUUCCUAUUGUUAGAGCUUCUGAUGUUGGUGAUGAUGAUCACAAGCAACUUAUCAAUGCAAGUCUUCUCAUUCUCAUUAAUUUUUUUCCUUAUGGAAGAUGCAGGAAACUUAUAGGUACAUUUUCUGCAACUGAUUUAAGAGGAUGCUACAUAAACACAUUGAAAUCAUGGUUGGGAAUAAGUGCACUUGCAUUCACUGAACAAAUUGCAACAAGUCCAUUGUACACAACAUCAGAAACACAGAAUGAUAUUAGUAGCUCUAGAAGGGAGCUUGUAACAUGCUAUGCUGAAUCUACUUUAUCCGAGGUAAUUGACAAGGCGGUCACAAAACAUGUUCAUCGAAUCUGGGUGGUUGAUCAAGAGGGUUUGCUUGUAGGUGUUGUGUCUCUCACAGAUGUUAUUAGAGUUAUAAGGCAAUCUAUGCUAUCAGAUGCAUGAAUAUGUUU